AUGGCCGUGCCCGCUCUCGCGGUGCGGAGGAAGAGCUGCCAAGGCUCUGUCCGCAAGCGGAGCCGGGCUCCGGCGCAGCCCGGUGCCUGUAGUAAUGAUAGUGAAGAAGAUAUGUUCGGCGACUAUGACAGCUUUUAUGGAAAUGACUCUUUGGUAGCUCAAGUUGAUGCUAUAGAGCACAAAUACCUGCAGGAUAAGAAUAUGGAUAUUAAAGCAGCUGGAGAUAUCAGACUUAGGAAUCUUCACUCGGGAAUUCACCAGAACAAAGAAGAUAAUAUUUCUACUUCUGAAAAUAUCGUUGACCUUAAAGCUCACAAAGAGGGGGGCUUCCGAAUGAAAGAAAGUAACCUGGUGGAUAGCAGUCAAGAACUCAGUGAAUCCCUUUUAGAUGUCUUGCCAUCAUCACAACUUUUAUAUUUUGAGAAGAUGGGUGAACUUUCUUCUAGUUCUAGAAAAUCUGCGGGCACAGAAAGCAGGGAUAAAUGCAUAAGUUCUUCCUUGGAUAAAAUCAAUGGGCCGUCAUCUUUUUGUCCUGAGGCUGACCACAGGAACAAAACUACUGACUUUUCCUCAGACUCUAAGUGUGAUUUACUUAAAACUGGAAGUCUUAAAAGCCAUCUAAAAAGUGCUAUGUCUGGAAAUGCCAAAGCCCAGACUCUACAGAUCUCCAAGACAAAGCAGCUUAAAGAAGCUGUUUUAUCUGAAGAGAUUUGUGUUGCUAGGAAAACUAUUGAAUCAUCUUCUGUUGAUAUAGGCCCUUUUUAUGGAUUACCUAGUAAAGUUAAAGAUCUGCUCAGACAGUUUCGAGGGAUUGAAACACUUUAUGAAUGGCAGCAUGAUUGCUUAAUGUUAGAAUCUCUGCAGCAAAGAAAGAAUUUAAUAUACUCAUUGCCAACCAGUGGUGGAAAAACACUUGUAGCUGAAAUAAUAAUCCUCCAAGAAUUGCUCUGCAGGCAGAAAGAUGUUCUGAUGAUCCUGCCCUAUGUUGCCAUUGUCCAAGAAAAGGUUAGGGGUUUAUCGAGUUUUGGGAUAGAACUGGGUUUCCUGGUUGAAGAAUAUGCAGGAAGUAAAGGAAGAUUUCCACCAAUCAAGAGGAGAACAAAGAAGUCUCUCUAUAUUGCUACUAUAGAAAAAGGACAUGCUCUAGUUAAUUCUUUAAUUGAAACAGAAAGAAUUGAUGACCUUGGUCUGGUUGUAGUAGAUGAGUUGCAUAUGCUUGGUGAGGGAAGCCGUGGAGCAACGCUGGAAAUUACUCUUGCGAAAAUUCUUUACACUAGUAAAGACACACAAAUCAUUGGAAUGAGUGCGACUUUAAAUAAUGUUGGAGACCUGCAGAAGUUCCUGCAAGCGGAGUACUAUUCUAAUAAUUUUAGACCGGUAGAAUUAAAGGAAUACGUAAAGAUACAGGACACCAUUUACGCAGUGGACAGCAAAACAGAAAAUGGCUUUACUUUUACACGUCGUCUUAAUUUCAAGUAUUCUAGUAAUCUGGAGAAAGCAGAUCCUGACCACAUCAUUGCACUGGUUACUGAGGUUAUUCCCAAAUAUUCCUGCCUAAUCUUUUGUCCUACUAAAAAAAACUGUGAAAAUGUGGCGUCAAUGGUGUGCAAGUACCUCAAGAAAGAAUUUAGAGCUCACCAGGAGAAAGAGAAACAAGAUCUCAUCAAGAACCUAAAGAAUAUUGGAAAUGGAAGUGUGUGUCCUGUUCUGAAGCAAACAAUCCCUUUUGGUAUUGCCUAUCAUCAUAGUGGGCUCACAAAUGAUGAAAGAAAAAGUAUAGAGGAAGCAUAUUCUGCUGGUGUCCUGUGUCUGCUUGCUUGCACAGCUACUUUAGCUGCUGGAGUCAACCUGCCAGCUAGACGGGUUAUUCUGAGAGCUCCUUAUGUUGCUAGUGACUUCCUGAAGAAGAACCAGUAUAAACAAAUGAUUGGCAGAGCUGGUCGAGCGGGUAUUGACAGUGCUGGAGAAAGUAUUCUCAUAGUGCAAGAAAAAGACAAGCACUUGGUUCAGAAGUUAGUUAACAGUCCUUUGGAGAACUGUUACAGCAAUCUUCUGCUGGAACUGACCAAGGGAAUGCAGAGCCUGUUGUUAUCUUUGGUUGGACUGAAGAUAGCAGUUACCCUUGAGGAAGUCAACGAAUUUAUGCAUGGUACAUUGGUGGGAGUUCAGCAGCAUCUGCUGUCUAAAGAGAAGAGCCUCUCAGAGAUAACUAAAAAUGGGCUAGAAAAUCUAAUAGAAAAAGGACUCCUGAAAGGAAGAAUAUCUGAGAAGGACCACAAUUCCAAAUGCAUGCUAACAGUCACACCGUUGGGUAAAGCUACAUAUAAAGGGUCUAUAGACUUGGCAUACUGCAAUCUUCUUUACAGAGAAUUGAAGAAAGGUUUGGAAGGGCUGAUUCUUGAGAGCAAUCUCCAUCUUCUGUAUCUGGCAACUCCAUAUGAUAUGACUUUUAACUGUAGCCCAGAUUGGAUGAUAUACUUGAGACAGUUCAACCAGCUAAGUGCAGCAGAGCAGAAAGUGGCGGAUAUUGUGGGAGUACCUGAAAGCUUUAUUACUAAAAAGGCUUCUGGUCAAGCUAUCAGAAAGGCUGUGGACAGUGCUGUGGUAAAUAGGCUGUACCUGACAUUUGUGCUUUAUACACUACUGAAAGAGACCAAUAUAUGGAGUGUUUCAGAGAAAUUUAAUAUGUCACGAGGAUACGUGCAAAAUCUCCUUAAUUCCGCUGCCUCAUUCGCCUCCUGUGUUCUGCAUUUCUGUGAGGAGUUGGAAGAAUUCUGGGUUUAUAAAGCCUUGCUGACAGAACUUACCAAGCAGCUGACGUACUGUGUUAGGACAGAGCUCAUCCCUCUGAUGGAGGUAGCAGGGGUUCUAGAGGCACGAGCAAAACAGCUUUAUAACGCAGGGUACAAAACCUUAGCACACUUGGCUAAUGCAAAUCCAGAAACUCUGGUGAAGAUGAUUGAGCAUUUGUCACGACGACAAGCCAAACAAAUUGUUUCAUCUGCAAAGAUGCUACUGAGUGAAAAAGCUGAGGCUUUACAAGAAGAAGUUGAAGAACUCUUAAAGGUGCCUACAGAUAUCCCAGGGACCUGCUGA